AUAAUAUAACAGGCCUAACUAGUUUAUAAAAGGGGCAGGUACACACCAUCUAGUCUUCACUUCGUUUUCAUAAAGGAGCCACUUCCAAUUUCAAGAAUAAUAAAUCGAAAAAACUAGGGUUUCACAGAUCGUGAUGAAGAAGAGACAAGUGGUAAUAAAGCAAAGAUCAAGAAAUUCCAACACCUCGUCGUCUUGGACUACUACUUCUUCAUCGGCGACCAGUAGCAUCCGUUACGUGGAGUGUCAGAAGAAUCACGCUGCUAACAUCGGAGGUUACGCCGUCGACGGUUGCCGUGAGUUUAUGGCCGCCGGCGUUGAAGGAACCGAUGAUUCUUUGAGAUGUGCCGCUUGUGGUUGUCACCGGAAUUUUCACCGGAAGGAGGUCAACACGGAGGUUGUUUGUGAGUAUUCUCCACCUAACGCUUGAUUUUUCGAUGAUUCAACUUUUUUAUUUUUCUGUGAUUUGGAUUUUAUCGAUUGAUUUUUAAAGGUGAAGUGAUAUAUAUAUUUGUAAAUGGUUAUCGAUGUGUAUAUCCACAGCUCACA